AUGGAUUGCGACAAAUAUCGUUCAACGCCAAAACAUUCGCAAUGUAGCGCUGUCUGCGAGAAAAGUUUUGCUGAUGGUCGAAAAUCAUUUUUAUCGCCAGAAAUUCACCAGAUCCGCUCGCCGUUCAGCUCACCAAAGGCGAAUAGCCAUGCUCGCGGAUACGAAAUUACUGAGAAAAAUAGCUUGUUUCCGCCGAUAUCUCGUUCGUCAUCUCAAUGCUCUGGAAGCACUGAGUGGACGCAUCGUGGCGAUGGAUCGCUUCCACUUAAAGCCACCCACAGCGAACUGUCUUGGGGCAGCACCAGACUCAGACGAAGUGAAAAACGAACACUGCAGAUCAAAAAUACCUCAGAUCGAAAAAUACUAUUGAGGGCAAUUAUUACAGGGCCUGGCUUUCAGCUAUACAGUGUCGAGCACCAGAGGGCCCCUGAAGUGCUAACUCUUCAAAGCCAAGAGUGUCGUACGAUAACCGUUGACUUUUGUCCGACUAUUAUUGGGCCGGCGGUAGGUGUACUUUCGUUUCAUCCGCCUAAUGAUUUGCAUGCCCAACGGAUAGUUAGCCUUUACGGUUACGGUGGAGAAGCAUCAGUUAAAAUCGAAGGCAUUCAGAAGGGACCAGGUGGUCCGUACCUCGAGCUCGGCAACGCCUGCCACCUAGGACGACCACUCGAGAAAUCAUUUUCACUCUACAACAAGGGCAAUCUUCCAGCUUUUGCCAGAAUUGAUAUCGAUCGGAAAAGUCUUGAUCAGGCGCUGCUAGCUUCAGUCGUCUACGUCCAUCCGCGGCGAACAGUCAUCUCCCCAAAUAGUUAUGCUCACAUUAAGGUGGUUUUCAAACCGGGUCGUCAGGAGAUUUCAAAAAUACUUCAGAAACAAGUGGAGGUGCUGUCUGUCACAAACUUACACAUACUGUGGGGAGAUGAACCCACACGGCAUCGAAUUCGGCGCAACAUAGCGAUGGUUAAAUCUAAAGAGGUGAAUGAUCCUAAGCUAGAGGCUAUGACACAUAUUUGUAAUCCGUUCGGUGAGGAAGAAGAGUUGGCUGGUUUGGAUCUUUUUGCGGAACAUCUGUUCGAUACGAUCCAUGAACUGUUUCUUACGUUUCGCGAGUACGAAUUGGUGUUGACUAUUGAUCGUUCCCUGGAUGAUACAAUGCUUGAUUUGUCUAUGGCAGAUGAAGAAUUCGGUGCGUUGUUUAAGACGAUGUACGCAACUGCGGAAGGUAACCCAUCGGCUCGCUUGCCAGUAUCAAACAAUUGCCAGCUUUCGCCGCCUGGCGAAUCUGGAACACAGGCGCUUGGUAUACUGAAGCGUGAAAGUGGAGAAUCGUGGUCAGUCCGACCGACAGCACUCGAGUUUCAAGCAUCGGUAGAACGAAUGAAGCAGUUCGUGAUCAAGAGUAAUUUCUACACAUCGCAGUACUUUGAGCUGAACUGCAAUUAUAGGCAGCUUUUUCGAUUGUCUCCAUCAGAAGGACAUAUUCGUCCCGGUCAGGAAGUUGUUGUAACCGCAUCUCUCCAGCACGUUAAUUCUACCGGUCUGCAACAACAAAAUAUUUUUUUUGUAGUUUAUAUUGAGAAUGAAAAGAUCAGCGUUCCGGUGUCGAUUUACAAUGGUAAAAUUUGA